AUGAACACGCCCGCUUGCGGACCCGACCCGGUUUCACCCAACACCACAUACGUCCAAGCCGACCCGGCAACUUUCAGGGCCGUGGUCCAGAAGCUGACCGGAGCACCCGAAGACCCAUCAGCCCAAAAGCUCCCUCUCACCCUCCCAGCACGCUAUUCCAACCCAAAGCCCACCACCGCCACCGAAAUGGGGCCCCGGCGACCCGCUUUCAAGCUCCACGAGCGCAGGCACGCCACCAAGAAGCUAGAGCUCAACCUCAACACGGCGAGCCCAUCCGCCUCAUGUGGGCCCCACGGUAGGCCCAGAGGGUUUGUAGGUUUUGGGAGCCAUCACGAGAUGGUGAUGGUUUCACCCGUUUCGACAUUGGACUUUCUCGCACGUGGGAGCCCGAGGACGCCCGCGUCACCAUGUGAAGAUGAAGAUAGGGCCAUUGCUGAGAAGGGGUUCUAUUUGCACCCAAGUCCUCCGCUAAGUACACCCAGAGGCUCUGAGCCUCCUGAGCUAUUGCCUCUGUUUCCCCUCCAUUCUCCAUGA